AUGCCUGCGGAGGAGGCUAUGUGCAAUCUCAGCACGAUGACUGUUCAGAGCGCGUUACCGCGUACUGGUCGGUGUAAUUUGAGCCUAGAAUUUGCACUCGGUGUGCGUCAAAACUCAAAGAUAAAUGCAGCAUUGAAAUACGGUCUCUUUCAAGUUAACUUUUUAGAGGAGAAGUCUCAUUUGGCGUUGCACAAUGUAAAAGAUGGUUGUUUUGUUCCUUUAUUUGUUAAUCAUGGUGUUUUGACUCUGAUCACCAAAGAAAUUGUCCAACUGCACAGCACAAAACAUUAUUGUAUUGAUGAAAAGAAAAGUUCUGUAAGUUUCUCCUAUGGUGCAUUUUUAUUAGGGCAUCAACACUUGAAAUGGAUCAACUUUUGUAACUGUGAAGAUGCUGCAGUUACACUUGUAAAGUUCCAAUUAUGGCCAGGAUCAGCUGUUAGACCUCAGGUUGCAUUUCAUUUUAAGUUGGUUACACUUGCUGAGACACUUCUAUUGGAAUGCCAUGUAUCGUUAAAGAAAUUUUGUGAUGUGUUGGGCCUCAAUAAGUCCAAUAUGCUUCCUGUUUGGGUUAAGAAUCUCUAUAAAAUAUUGAAUGAUGAUUCUUUUGAUGAAUUUAGAUAUCACCAACAUUUGUUCAAAACAAUGAAACAAUUUGUCUUGCAACAAAAACCUGACAAUGUUUGCCCGUUAUGUCCUUUGCAGAGUGAAACUGAUACUGACAAGAAUGUUGCCAUUGAGUGCAUGGAUGGAUGUUUUGGGCUUGUGAGAAAAAAGUCUGCUGGUGCGAAUCUUUUACCUGCCAGACACAAUGGUACAUUUUUUGCCAAUCAGGAUGAUGUCGAUAGCUUUGUUGAUGACAACUCAAAGAAGGCAAAGCAAGCCCCUACUGAUUGCAAUGAAUUUAAAUCUGGUGAGGUUAGUAACAUGUUACGAUCCAAAGGAAGAAAUAAGCUUUUUGACGAGAAGGGAGUGUUUGGUAGAGUAUGCAGACAUGAAUACCCAAGGGGAUUUAUGAGUAUCAAACAUGGAGAAAGGAUAGCUUAUUCAGUGUAUGAGGUUAAAAAGCUUCUGUGUCAUUAUGAUGAGGAUACUGAUGUUAAAAUAAUGUAUGACAUUGCAUGUACUUUGUCUGCCCACCUAAAGAAAAACGAAGAGCAUACCAUUCUUGGACGCAUUGACUUGGCAAUUCCUGUUUUCCAUGCAUAUGGACAUAAAUCUUCUUGCCAGGUUGCUUUUGGUCCUAGAAGAAAGGAGGGAUUUGGCCUUACUGACGGUGAAGGAAUUGAAAGACUUUGGUCUUACCUCAGAGGAUUUUCAUCAAUGACGAAGGAAAUGACAGCUGGUCGAAGGGUUGACGUAUUGACAGAUGCGCUUCUUCACCAUGCAAGACAUCGUCUUCUACAGUUUGGUCCGGCAUUGUUGUCUAAAAUGCAAAAAACAAAGAAACUAAUGGAAAACUCAGUAGUACAGUUGGAGGAGAUCUUUUCAGAUUUAAAAGUUUCCUAUGGUACUGAUGUAAUUAACUCUUGGAUGAAAGCAGAAGAGAAUAUGUUGUUAACGAGAGGCAAGAGAAAACCAUCGCCCAUGUCGUGGGAGGCUAAAUACGUACAGAACUUAGUUUUCUUGCAGGAACUGAGACAAGGCAUUGCUUCAACAGAAGCUGAAAAUCAUGAAACCAUAAACGAGCUUGUAAAGAGGAAGAAAGCGAUUUUAAAAAUUGUCAUGGGAAUUGAAAAAAGCUACAAGGUUCACCCAAGAUGGAGAAUGGGCGAGGAGAAAUUCAACGUGGCAGCAUUGUCUGUUCUUCGGGAUAGGCGAAACCAGGCAUUAGAAAAAUUAUACUCACUUGCAGUCGAACACGGCCAAGCAAUUGCAGAGAAAGUUUCUAAGCAGAUAACACAAAGGACGAAUUCUGCUAAAGUAGUUGUUGAAAAGUACAACGCUAGCCUUGCUGCUUGGAAAGACAAUGUAACUGGGUUGCCAGAAGAGCUAGAGUUUGACAAGGUAAAAGAUCCAGAAUCCGACCUAUAUAAGGAUUUCAGAGAAAGCACUUUGAGUGAGGAUCAAGUUCCAUAUUCUGUGAAGAAAAGCGCAAUAGAUUUGCAUAAUUUCAUCCAAAGAUGCAAGGAGGAAACAAGUUAUUUGGAAACUGAAAUGUGUAGGCUUGUUACGUAUCACCAAACCCAAAAGUCAAGUUUUUUAGAAUGGCUGAAGGACAACAAUGACUCGUCAUCAACCGUACUCAUUCGAGGAAUUCGGUGCAUACUUCAAAGAAAGAUUCUGGAAGAGGAAAACAAACUAAUUGUUCUUGGUGCAACGUUUGGCAAUCACCUACCAGAUAAUGUAUCAUCGUCCAUUCCAAAAAUCGAAUGGAGUCAUGAAAGCACCAUGCCCUCUACCAAACACGUUUUCGAGAACUUGGAUCAACUAGAUGACCAAAAGGAACAGAGUGAAGAACAGGACGAUGAGAUAUUGUCAAUUUUAGACAGUUCAGAUGACGAGGUUGAAGAUGAAUCUGAAAUGGAUUUCUAAAUCAAUGCGAAGCUCUCUGUAUCAUUUUGCAUGAUGUUUGAUGUACAUAAU